AUGGAGCUAUUAUUUGACGCUCUGCGAAUAAAACCUCCCUCCUGGUCGUCGUCCUUCCUUGCGGGCAGACGACUCACAACUUAUGGCAGAGUGUCGAAUCUUCGCUCUGACCUUGAAACAUCAAGAGCCAGCCGUGCCUUCAACGACACUAAUAGCAACAGAUUCGAUCUGACUGCGCAUUUCUCUGCUCUUAUCUUGGCCGGUUUGGUCGAGGCAGGGCUCCCAAAGGUUCUCUCCGAUGUUAUUGAGGACGAAGGGGAUCUCUCUCUCUGGCGUAAAGCAACUCUGCUAUUAACGGAGGUUCUCAAGCUCGCCCGUCAUUCCUUACCCCAAGCCGUCAGCGCAAAACUUCAAGUCCUUCCACACCUAAUCCCACCCGCCAUCGACUUUGAAACUGAGAAUCACGACCUUUCAACGGCAACUAUCUUCCAAAUCGAUAGCAUCAAUCGGACAUUGGCACCUUCUGGUGGAUAUCACAAUGGGCAGGGCCGAUACAACAUGGAGACUGAUUUAUCGGGCUCUUUGCUUCCCAUUGAGCAGGGGAAAGACAAGAUGAGUCCUUCCAUGGACGAGACCCAGUUCCGCAAUGCCAUCUUGGAGACUCAUGUCCUGAACACCGUCAACUUCAAUAAGUGA